UAUGAGGAUGCCUGCGUCACAAAGCGGAUUUGCCAAUAUGUUCUUGGAUAGAAACCUCAGCAUACCUGCUGGAUACCAGAUACCCGUUUUGGGAUGCCCACCUGGCAUACAACAGCAACAACACCAUAUUGCAGCAUUAACUGGGAUGCCCUUAUCAUACUCAGGACUGCAGGGAUACAAUUUCAUUCCGUACCCACAUCAUAGACACAUCCCGCACACGAAUAACGCUUUUGACCUGAAAGCGGCCUCUCCAUAUCAUCCAUCUCUUCUCGCUCGAGGAGGACCAUUUUCCCCACAAUACCGACAAGUAGCCACCGAUGACCCCAGCAGAGUUGCCAAGGUGGCCACCCGGGAGAGCACCAGCGCGCUCAAGGCCUGGUUGAACGAGCACCUGAAGAAUCCCUACCCCACCAAGGGGGAAAAGAUUAUGCUCGCCAUCGUUACAAAGAUGAGCCUCACACAAGUGUCCACGUGGUUUGCCAAUGCAAGACGACGACUGAAAAAGGAGAAUAGAGUCAGCUGGGCAUCCAAGGGAAAGUCGGAGGAGGAGGAUGAGGGUGAGACUGAGGACGACGAGGAUUCAGUGCGGAAAAAUCGCUUGGAAAACGAUGAACAAAUCGUUUCUCAAACUGUUGGUAACAAGGAGGAUAUGAUACGGGGGAACUCAACGCCAAAGGUUACAUGCUUGGUCGACAGUCAGGAAUCAAACGAUGGGCAAAGUCAAGACAGUGACUGCGCGAAUGAGGAGAAAGCCGACCAUGAAGACGCAGACCGGACCACCGCUCGCGUGGAUAACAAGGAGAGCGGUGCAUGCCUCAAACCUAAAAUAUGGUCUUUGGCAGAGACAGCAACCUCUGAAACUGUAAAAAAGUCAAAGAAUAAUUCUUGUCACCAGAAUAAUGGCUCAGAAGUUGGCAAAUGGUGGACUGAAUGGGCAUCCAGGAACGGAAUGUAUAUUCCAGCGUGUUACUCUUCCCGAGACAUCCUAUAAAAGGAACAUUUACAAAAACGUACUUACUCUGCACUUUAACCUUCCAAACCUCAGGGACAUAAAUCUUUCAGUGAUUUUCUGAAGUUCACACGUUUUACUUCGUUAAGUUAGUGUAUGUUAUGGUAUGGCCUGAGACCAAAGACUGUCAAAACAUAAACGUUUUUUGUAAAUAGGCCUAUAUGUUUAUAUGUUUAUACUGUGUCA